AUGGCCCAGCAGGGCUACCAGGAAGGGGAGAGAGGUGAGGAGGGACCAAGGGGGGCACAAGGCCGCCCAGGUGAGAUGGGUAUGCCUGGACCACAGGGAUACAGAGGACCUCUUGGUGUCCAGGGUAACAUUGGACCAUGGGGUGAGGUUGGGCCUCGUGGCCCUCCAGGUGACCAGGGGUCACAAGGUCCAAUUGGCUCCAUUGGAGUUGCAGGUUACCCAGGUAAAGAUGGACCUCAAGGACCAACUGGAUUAGGUGGUGUCAAAGGAGAUAAGGGAUCCACAGGAGCUUUGGGGCAGGAGGGACUUGCUGGUCUCGAUGGUGAGGAGGUAGAUUGAUUAGAAUGUGUUUGUCACAGAUCUGAUUUCUAUCUUUUUU